UAUGAGUUAUGUUGAAGUGUGUCAAAUGCCAUUGUACUUUGUGAAUUAUGGUUAGAAGGAACCUAUGAACAACAACCCCUGCGGAACUUUUCAAAUAUUAAAUACAAACAGAAAGGUGGUACUCAAAUCAGCAAAAUAUGUCCUCAAAUAGCUCUGUCUUGUAUUUGAGUGGCGUUUGUAAGUGUACCUAAUGUAGUGGUCGAUGAGUGUUAACGCCUUUACGGUGGUAGGCAAAGCUAAGCCCCGCCUUUUCCUUCCUGGUUUCGCUUGUGAUUGGUCGACUCGAUGUCGGCGUCUCUGGCAUAACGAAAGUCAUCUAGGGGGUGGUGUCAAGUAUGAAAGCUGCCGUCCAAAAAAAAGCCUCAUCUCGUGUGCUUGCUUGUGUUAGGGUGGCGCGAUUGAUCGGCGUUUCUCAUCAUUCGGCGUAUUGUUGACGAGCUGAUCGGUGUCCUUUGCUCCUCCAGCUAGCGUUAGCUAGCGGGCGAACAAACAUGACUACUCGCACCGGGACUCUUGCUGCCACAUGAGAGCACAGCGUAACGGUCAGUGAAGCAACGCAAUGACGUCAAUACAACCUUAACCCAUACGUGACUGCUCACAUUGGUGGGAGAUAACAUCAGCAUUAUGGACCUGAACACCACCGCCAGUAUCUUUCCACAUGGAGACCCGAUGGAUCUCUCUGCUCCACCAUCCAGAGUAUCCAUCGACAAGCUCCUUCCGGCUCUGCUGAAGUGCUUUGGCAUCAUCCUGUGCGGCUACGUAGCCGGCAGGGCCCGCAUCAUCACAUCCAGCCAGGCCAAAGGUUUAGGCAAUUUUGUGAGCAAGUUUGCUCUGCCAGCGCUCCUCUUUAAGAACAUGGUGCUACUGGACUUUGGGAACGUCAUCUGGCCCUUCAUCUGGAGCGUCCUUGUCGCCAAAGCAUCCGUGUUUGCCAUCGUUUGUUUCCUGACACUGCUCGUUUCCAAUCCCGAGAGCCGCUACAGCAAAGCCGGGCUCUACUCGAUAUUUGCCACCCAAAGCAAUGACUUUGCUCUGGGUUAUCCAAUUGUUAAAGCUCUAUACGAGAGCACGUAUCCGGAAUACCUCCAGUACAUCUACUUGGUGGCACCCGUGUCGCUAAUUCUGCUCAAUCCCAUCGGUUUUGCCUUUUGUGAGGUCCAGAAAUGGAAGGAUCAGAGAGAGCACCAGCGGGGGAAAUUUUUUAUCGUGGGGCAAGUGGUGCUUCACGUCUUGCGGAACCCGAUUGUUUUCAUGGUCGGCAUUGGCAUUGUGGCCCAUUUUAUCCUGCGCCAGAAGAUUCCUUCCUUCAUGGAAGACUUUGUGGAUGGUUUGGCCAACUCCUUUGGCGGAACGGCUUUGUUCUACUUGGGUCUGUCCAUGGUGGGCCAGCUGAAGAAAUUAACCAGGUCCACGGUCGUGACGCUGAUAUUACUCUUGACUGCGAAAUUGUUGCUCAUGCCUCUGAUUUGUAAAGACAUGGUGGAUCUUCUCGACAGCAACCACUCGAGCCUCUCCAACUACGCCUUUCUUUACGGAGUUUUUCCCACGGCGCCCAGCGUCGCUAUCUACGCUACAUAUUACAACGCGCAGCUGGAAGUGAUUAUCUCCGGAAUGGUCAUCUGCACUUUGCUCUCGGCUCCAAUCAUGUUUACCUCCGCCUGGCUGCUCACCCUACGCCGGAUGGAUCCUCGGCUUCUGAUGAGCACGUUACAAGAUGUCAGCUUUGAUAUAAGCCUCGUCUGUUUCGUGGCACUGCUGUGGACCAUCGCAGUCAUGUUUUUUAGUAAGAAGUUCAAGAGGCUCCCUCACGUGUUCACCACCAACCUUUUUUUGGCACAGUUCCUCACUUGUUCCGGAAUGAUCCUGUGGAAAUUUGUGGUGAGGGGAGACAACUUUAUCGUCCAGAUCCUGUCUUUUACGCUGCUGUGCACGUCACUGUACUGCACUUACAUGUGGCCGGGCUUCAUUGCACUCUCGCUUGUGCUGCUGAGGAGGUUUGACCAUCUGACGGUUUCGUCUGGCAUGAUUGUUAUUGCGGGCUGGGGGAUCCCUGCGGUCACAACUGCUGUGCUGCUGAUCUGUGGGGAAAAACUGCCGGACACCUUAGAUUCGUCGCUCUUUUACAGCAAGCCGCAGAUCAUCUGCAGCACAAUCGUGCUGACCCUCAGUGUGCUGCUCUCAGGGAGUUCACUGGUCAUACUCAGUCGAGGAAGCUGGGCCCAAAAAGAACAAAGUCAGGAGGGAAAUGCGUCCGUGGAAGACCUUGUGACGGAAACGGAACAAGAUAACAACUCUUUGUUUGAACCAGAAGACAAUUCAGCAGAUCCCAGCACAGCGUGCCUCAUGUCCGAAUGUCCCCCACCGCAGCCCAUGCCCGACAUGCUCGUCUGCGCAAGUAUGAAUCACACGCUCGCAGAUCAAAGUGAGAAUAGCAACGAUUCAAGGGUGUGCCUUGUGUUCAGAGUGGAAGAGCACUUUCGGGAUCAAGAUGGACAAGUGGCCCGCCAUGUGCUUUUGUGUUUGCUUCUCGCUGUUGGCUCGCUAGCCAAUUUGUCCAGCUGCGUGUGGUUGCUCUUGUACCAAGACCCGGGCAGACUUUAUGUGGAGCUGCAGUUCUUUUGUGCCGUGACCAACUACGGCCAGGGCUUUCUCUCCCUUGCUCUCUUUGGCCUGGACAAACAUUCGAUUCUACUGCCGUUUUGGAAGAGGUUGCGCAGAAUGUGCUCUGGAAAAAAGCAAGAAGACACUGAGGAGAUCGAGGUGACCUGUGCUGACUUUGUCCAGCGCCAUCAAGAGCAGUGUUUCCACGACAUUGUUCGAAAAAGAAGGUGUGGGAUGAGGACACUGGUGGAUUGUUUCCUGGGCUGCGAACUUGUGGAGUGGCUCCAGCAGGCGGGCUUGGCUCCAGACCAGCGUGCGGCUGUACUUUAUGGCGCGCGCUUGCUGCAAGGCGGCAUUCUUCAGAACGUCGAGCAGGAAUGCGCCUUCCAAGACGCGCCCAUAUUUUACUCCUUUGUGACCUAAGGCACGACACGCGGCGAGCAGCGUGCUCGCUUCGUAGCAUGCAUGAAACCGCUUCAGCGCAACCAAUAAGCUAUUAUUCAGGGAGAAGCCGCAACGUUUGUCGAUUAUUGUCCGCGAGGAGCCACAUCUGACUCCCGUUGGUUUUGAAAAUGCGAAUGAGAUGACGUAGGUGGGAAAAAGACCACUUCUUCAUUCGGUGCAAUGAAACUAGACUAGCUAUUGGUUUGACUCGUUACUUUUGGUGUAGCAUAUGCAGCCAGUGCAAUUGUCUGGUUUCAGCCUGGCAGAGCCAACGUGGAUGGUGUCUAAUUAUAGAGUCUCACCUUUCAGAGCAGUCGUCGUCGUCGUUUUGUAAUCACACCCUGCUAACAUUGUCACGUAUGCCAGAGACGGUCUCGUGAUGACAUUAUCAUACUUGGAUGACUAAUUGGUUGGUAAUGAGGCCCGUCAAGACAAAUCUCGUCUUCUUUAGUCUUGAAUGAUCGCUCGCGGGCGUACGUGACUUUGUUCAAUCGGCGUCCACUUAUUUGAAAGUCGGCCUCAAGUACGCUAGUGAAUGCGCACAAAGAAGUGAGGUUAUUUUUGUUUG